AUGGAUUUGGUAAGAUUUACCUAUCUACUGCAGAUUAAUUGGGUCAUCGGGAUUACAUUAUUGUCUUUAGUCAUCUUGUUAAAUCUUGUGUUAACUGCAUUAAUAUUAGCACGCAAGAAAUUAUGGAAUUCUUCUAAUAUCUUACUGUGCAGUAAAUUUAUCUCCUUGAUCGUCUCUGCAUUAGUUUCAUUCCUGCCUUGGGUAACAGCUACUAAGGAGAGUCAAUGGUUUUAUUAUCGGACAGGCUUUGCUAUGGGUUUAAUUGUAAGCCUUCAUAUUUGCAUUAUUUUAGGUUAUCGUUACAUUUCAAUUGAGGCCCCGUUCGCCAGUGAAAGGUAUUUAACUGUUAGACGUACUUUACUGGUUCUUUUGGUUAUGUGGUGUGUACCACUCUUGGCGACAUUAAUUCCACUUUUUGCCGUUGGUAGUUCUAAUAGUUCAAUUGGAAACGUUAAUCAAUCUCUUGCACUAUCUGGUUCAAUGACGAAAGAAUCAAUCUAUAUUUACUCAGCGAUUACAAUUUUACUACCUGCAAUUGCUAUUAUUGGUGCUUACGUUCGCAUUUAUGUUAUUAUUACUCAUAAAAUGGCAAACAUAUGUCUAGAAAAAAACCAUCAUUCCACCAUAUUACGCCGUAAGAAACGAGUUAUAUCGCAAAUGGCGAUGAUGACAGGUAUAUUUAUUUUUGCAUGGGCUCCUUCAACAGUUUGUGUUAUCUUAGGAUAUGAAGCUCCCCAAGUUAAUGGCAAUUAUUCAUUCGCUGUCAUUAAAGAAUAUUCUGGCACUAUUCUUUUACUCUACGGGAUUAUCCCUCCAUUGCUUUACUGCCGCUACACUUCUGAUUUAAAAUCGGAAAUUAAGAAGAUAUUGGGAAUCAACAAACAAUCUGCAUCGAUUAUACCCAAUCGUACCGUAUCAACUGGCAAUGGCUUAGCCAAUUCACCGGUAGACUUGACAAGUUCUAAAAACGAAUUAUAA